GUGAGUCGUCAAUAGAAUGGGUUGCCUUGCGCCACUUAGCCAGCUGGCGGCGAUAUUCUUGCUGCAUUGCGCAUACGCACAGUUGUACCAGGGCAUGCAAAAUGGGCAGCACUUUUAUCAGCCGUUCAUGCUGUAUAAUCCAGCGAGCGGUCAGCAACUGAUGCCCCGACAAUAUCUGCCGGCACGCAUGAUCAGCAAUAAUUUGGUGGAGCUGCCAACCAUGGGCAUGCCCUGCUCCUGCCAGGAUUUCGCCUGCAAAUGUUGUCUGGGUCUGGGCUUUGGCAUGAUGCGAGACGGCCUCUGCGUUUUGGUCAAGUGCAGCCGGCGGGACUUGAGCGUGGAUUUCGCCGUGGAGCUGAAUCAUCGCUCCGUGGCCAAUUUCGGCAUAUCGCCGCGCAAUCUGCCGGACAUCUGUUCGCCGCUGGCGGUGCCCAUUUUUGUGUCCGCCUGCCUGCGGCUCUACAACAUACACAUCAUCGAGCGCAGCCUAUACGUAUGCAUUUCCCUGGUAUUCAAGAUUGCCUUCCAGCCGCUGUUCGAGUACAAAUUGAAUUGCCUCCAACUGAGCUUCAUGGGCGUGGCAGUUGUGCCCGAACGAGAUUGGGGCAUGGACACAAUGCAGCUGAGAUUAGACCAGGAGACCAAUGACAAGCUGGAAAUCAAUGCUGCCUAAGAUACAAACUACAUUUAACUACAUUCAGCCUCUGCUCAUUCUGUUUAAUAUCAAAUCUAAGCAACAAAAAAAAAGUGAAAUUUUGUUAAUUAAAAAAAAAAGCUAUUUAUUCAAAAGCCGCACCAACAAAAAAGCGCUAUGAAAAUUGCGAAAAUUGCUAAUAAAAAGUUGGGCCAAGUGAGCGUGUGUGUGUGUGUGUGUGUGUGUGUGUGUGUGUGUGUGAAAGAUGCGGCUGCUU